AUGGCAAUUGCUUCUCUCUUCUUCUUCUAUCUUUCCCACGGAUUACUCCAAGUCAUCAGCGGGCAGCAGCAGAACCCCGAACCGGCGCACGCUGGCCGCUGGCGUCACCGCAUCCAGUGGGAGAACAACGGCCAGAUCCACAGCCUCAUGAGCACCGGUUCCGAGUUCGAGGCCCCGGCGCGCGUUUACGUCAGUAGCCGUGACCGAACCACGGGCUCCGGCGGCAGGGUCAGGAUCCCACCAAGAGUCCCCGGAGCGAAUCGCACCCCGCGCGCGGGGCAGCGACGCGGCACGGCUGUCGCCUUCGUGGGGAACCCCCUCAGGUACCCUGUGGAGGGGGAUCCCGGGCCACCUGCGCCGUUCCACCCGCUGGAGGAGAACGCGUCCUACGAAGUGGAGGGGAUGUAUAACGACGAGUCCCUCCAGGCACACGGCAAUUCGGUGCUCUAUAACAUGUAUCCACUCGGGGGCCGAUCGGGGGCCCACGCGCAACGACCCCCAGACGCGGGAUAUGGCACCAGAUACUUCCAAAACGGGCUUCCUGACCUGGUUCCGGACCCGUACGCUGUCCAAGCAGGCACUUACGUCCAGCGCAUGCAGAUGUUUGCCUUGCGUUGUGCAGCGGAGGAGGACUGCUUGGCCAGGUCGGCCUACGGACCCUCGGUGACAGAUAUUGACUUCCGGGUGCUCCUACGCUUCCCACAGAAGGUGAAGAAUCAGGGCACGGCCGACUUCCUUCCUGUCAAGCCCAGGCAUCAGUGGGACUGGCACAGCUGUCACCAGCACUACCACAGCAUGGAAGCAUUCAGCAACUAUGAUCUCCUGGACACCACCUCAGGCCUCAAAGUAGCUGAGGGACACAAGGCCAGUUUUUGCCUGGAAGACACGGCCUGCGACGCAGGGGUCCGGCGACGCUAUGCAUGCACAGCCCAUACACAGGGUCUCAGUCCGGGCUGUCACGACCUUUACGCCGCCAACAUCGAUUGCCAGUGGAUCGACAUCACAGACGUCGCCCCGGGAAACUACGUCUUGAAGAUCACCGUCAACCCCGACUUCCACGUACUUGAGUCGGAUUUUAGCAACAACAUUGUGAGAUGCGACAUUAUGUACACGGGUGUUUAUGUGCAGACGCGCAACUGCCGAGUAACGAGAGAAGACUGGCUGCUGUUUGUUCAGCUGCGCAGAUUCGCACCAACAUCUGGACCCUGUUUCUGGCUGUUGAGCCUUGUGCGAGCGCUGAGCCGCGAAAACACUCUUGCUGGCGAUGCCAGGUUUGACCCGUAUAAAUACAACAUGGCGUACAGCUAUGCGCUCCCUCGACGUCGGACGGUUUGCCCGGUGGUACUCUCCAGCUGCUUCCCCAGCGAGCUCUCCUUUCCUGCCGACGUCAUCCUCCUGUUGGGGACGCUAGAGCCCUGUAAUGAUGGUCGUGGCUAA